UCAUAAUGAAAUCAGCUCCAAGAAGGGGACAUAAGGAAGAUCCUAGAAUCCUAGCCUCCCCACAUUGCCCAUUCUUCCAAGUCUUUGAAUCCUGAAUCUUCAGUAAGACUGCUAGAGAGGCUGUGAGUGACAACGUCUUUUGGAGAGAGCAGGAGUAAGCGGGUCCUGGACCUUCGGGAUGCAGGAGGGCGGGGCAUCCACACCUGUAGUCUCCGGGUGUACGGGACCCCUCGGACUGAGGACCACAGGGAUUUAGGGAUGCAAAAUCCACAGCAUUAUGGGAGCAGCGAGGUAGGCAGAGGGAGAGAGCUAGAACAAAGCCAGCAAUUCUGGGUGGCGGCGGCGGCGCAGUGGCGGCUGAGUCCCCUAGCUCCUCCGCUGCUCGCCAGCGUCCUCCGGUCCCCGCCCUCCCAAGCGCCGCGGAGCCGAGGCUGGUGGUGCGCGCGGGUGCCCGGAGGCCCGCCCCCCACGGCGGCGCGGAACCUGGAGCUGGCCGUGGUGCUGACGCGAGGCUCGGGCGCGCACUCGCUGCCUGGCUCGGGCACGGCCGCGCCCUGCGACACUCCCCAGCCCCGGCGUGGCAAGAAGACUGCCAACAUGGAGCUGAGGAGAGGAAAGACCUUCAUCAAAUCUAGCGUGCAGAUUUCCCACGAGAAACUCAUAGACUCGACAGCCAAGGAGGACCCAGACAAGUGGUCACUGUCGCUGGGAGAGCAGCAGCGAACCUAUGGCGAGAAGAGCUCCCAAACAAGUCCCUGUGCCCAAGGAUACGGCCGGUGCCCCAACAAAGAGGUACUGUCUGAUCCUGAAGGGGGUCCCGUGCCCCUCUGUGGAACCACCUUCAAGUUGGUGCGCAAGAGUAAGACUCAUGACAGUGUUCCAGGGGCUGUGAAGGCAGUGGCCCCCACAGGGCAAAUGGUAAAUAGCACAAGCUUCCCGGAGACCCCAGGAGGUCAGCGUAUGAUUGACUACCGCCACUUCGUGCCCCAGAUGCCCUUUGUGCCAGCUGUGGCUAAGAGCAUUCCAAGAAAAAGGAUUUCUCUGAAAAGGUCCAAGAAGUGCUUUCGAAACCUAUUUCACAUGCGCAGAAGCAAGACUGAGAACUUGGCCUCACUCUCGGCCAAGGGGAAGAACCUCUCGCCCCCCGGGGUCCCAGCGCAGCAAGGCAAGCCCUUCCUCUCCAUGGGUGAGGGGCUGGGGCUGGACAGCCUAUGCCAGGACCUGUCUGACAGUGAGUUUCUACAUGACUCACCCUUUGACCUCUGCAGCGCCCUGUGUGAGGAUGUGGCCUCACUGAAAAGCUUCGAUUCACUUACAGGCUGUGGGGAGAUCUUUGCAGAUGGGAGCUCGGUGCCAUCUGUGGAGCUGAAGGACGGCCCAGAGAGCCCAGCCCGUUCACCUCAGGCUCUGGACAGCAAAACUCCCUGUGGUCCCUCACAGGGUAGUAUGGAACAGUUGAUGUCACCUGCCCAGAAUGAAGCAUCAGACUUCACGAAGUUCUGGGACAGUGUGAAUCGCUCUGUGCAGCAGCAGCAGCGUGCCCUGAUGGGCCCAUGGUUGAUGAGUCCCCAGGGGACAGAAACAGACCCGCCCAGGCUAGACACAUCUGGGUUAGCUGAACUGCCUCUGUUCCCUUGCAGGGGUCCCCCCAGCGGUUCCAAAGCCAGCUCCAUAGACACAGGUACCCCCAAAAGUGAACAGCCAGAAUCUGUGUCCACAAGCGAUGAAGGUUACUAUGACUCCUUCUCUCCAGGCCUCGAGGAGGACAAGAAGGAAGCAGCGAGCCCAGGCACACCUGCAGCCGCUUUCCCCAGGGACAGCUACAGCGGGGACGCCCUCUACGAACUAUUCUAUGACCCCAGCGAGGCCCCUGUUGGCCCAAUCCUGGAUGAUGACUGUGUGUCUGAGAGUCUCUCGGGGCCUGCCCUGGGGACCCCGUUGUCUAUGUGCAGCUUCCGCGUGGGAGCUGAGGAGAACCUGGCCCCAGCGCCAGGUCCUGACUUGCUCAGUCAGGGGUUCCUACAGAGUACCUGGAAGGGCAAGGAAUGUUUGCUGAAGCUCUGUGACACAGAACUUGCCAUUACCAUGGGCAUUGUCAACUGGCUGCGCAGAACCCCACCAGCCACUACCCCUACCCCUGCAUCUACCCCUGCCCCUACCCCUGCCCUUGUCCUUAGGGAGCCAGCUGCCCCACCUGACCCCCAUAGAGUUCUCAGAGGUGCAUCAGUGGGUAUGAAAGGCAGGGAAGACCAGGCCUUAGAUAUGGGUAAGGCCAUGGCAUGCUUUCCACCCAGCAGGCAGGAGCCCUGGACACAUUCAGGAACCAAAGACUUGCUUGUUAGAGAGCAUGGGGUCCUAGGAGAGUCUGCAAGGGGUAUGAAGACCCCAUCUAAGGAUGGCCCUCUAGAGGAAGGAACACAAGACUUCUCGGAAGGCCAGUCCUCCUCUGAAGCUACCAUGACAAGCGGUCCCAGGAAUAGCAAAGCUGUGAACUCUGCCGCCUGUCUCAGCUCUCAGAGGGAACUUGGGGCACCUGGAAACCUGAGGUGCUCUCAAGGCCCCUUAAGACCAGGGCACGGAGGAAGCGCUCUUGAUCCAGGGCCCAUGCUUGUAGGUUGUGUGACCCAUGUGGCAGCCCUGCAAAUCUAUCCAGACAGCCAUUCUCCCAGACAGGAUAAGGGCAAUGGGCUCUUCUGGAAGCCUCACGCUUGGGGUCCCAACACUGUGCAAAAGAAACCACCAGCAAGCAGCAAGCCCCAUGAAGCAGCUGGCUGUGGCCUCUCCUCCGCAGCUAGCCCACAAGACCAGAGAUGCCAGGACCUUUGCCUGGACCUGAACCGGCUUAAGUUGGAACCCUCCAGGCUAGGUAUGCAAGCCUGUUCCUCUGUGGAUAGCCAGCCUCAGCAGCUGUGCCCCAGGGCUCCAGAGCAAGUGACACAUAGGGGUUCAGUGGGGUCCUGAGCUACUCUGGGCCUCUGGUGCCCAGUCUCCGUGGCUGUUGCCCAGAAAUCCUGCGGCUCUCUUUGGACAGUGAACAGUGGUAAGUCGCUCGUUCCCUUGGGCCAUGAAAUGUUGCUAUGGCCUUCUGGCUUGACGUGGACAUCUUGUGGAUAACCAGAAGUGCAGACUUACAAGCUGGCUCGCCUACAGGACGGGCUCACAUGCUUCAGGAGCUGCAUAUGCAUGACCUCAUUCAGGAGAACCAAGGACCAGAAUGUUCAUCUUUAUUUUUUUUUUUUUUUCUGGUGUGAGGAUGGUGUUUAGGGUAAAGAUGGCCAAGCUCAGGCAUGUGGGGAGGGGGGGAUAGGGGCUAAAGCCUGAGCCUGGGGCUAAAGACUGCUGGGAGCUGCCCCCUCCUGCCACAAGGACAAUGGCCAGAAAGCAGUUCAUGUUGUAAAUGAAGACGGGGUAGACUAUUCGUCAGCUUGAGGUAUAGGAAAAGGAUGAGAGCCGAGGCUCAGGAGGCGGCAGAAAACCUCAUGAGGUUGAGUUCACAAGGACCCGCUGGCCUCAUCCAAGCCCUACUCUUCACCCAGGAAAGGAGACCAAAAUACACCGCAGUGUCACACUGCUUCUCUUUGGGAAUGACAAGGACCAGCCCUAUCUCGGCAAGAGCCUCGAGCCUCCAGCAUGGUAUGUGUGCACAGCUCUGCCAGGGCUGACCAGACCCUGCCUGAUCAAUAGGUUCUGUCAUAGGUGAUUCUGCGCAUUUCCUUCAGCUUGUUCUCCGAGGCCUUGGGUGGGAGAGCACCCACUGUUUUUCCCACCUCUGCCACUCUGCCUUGGAGUUGCAAAGGCCUUCCCUUCCACCCUGUCCACUCCCAGCAUGGCCAUUUCAUCUCCAGGGAGCUCUCAGAAUGAAGCUGUGCUCACUGCCCCUAACCCAAAAGCAACACAUGCACCGAACCCAGACAUUCAGAAUCAGGAGAUGACCUGCUGGAUGCCGUCCCCAGGAAAGGGUAGGCGUCUCUUCUGACCCAGCAUGAGGGCAGGGACAGAGGGUCCAUCCUCACUGUCAAGGAUUUGAUUCUACCUCAGCAAAAACAAAAAACAAAAAAAACCACAGUGGCAGACAGAAGAUGAGGACUUGGCAGGUAGCUGUAAAAUUUGUCACCCGGAACCAUAUGUUGGCAGGCCACACUUCAUACAGAGCUGCUGUGGAGAGGUACAGGAAUUCCAGGCAAGCAUUGAAGUCCCAUUGAUACCACAUGUUCAGGGCCCGAGUGCUUCACUUCAGGCUAGGAGUGAAGACCAUUGGCAUCAACAGCUCUCCAAGGCUGCCUACUGUGUGUGAGAGAGGGCUGUAGGUUAAAAGCAGAUGUCAUCAAGGUUGUGGCUGUGUGGACACACGGAAGCACAGGGCCACUCACCUGGGGAGCCACAUCUUCUUCUCCUAGGACCCAGACGCCAUCAUGACAUCAUAAUGACAUCACUGAGCCUGGCUUUGAAUAGCGACAGCCAGAAGAACAUUCUGCAUGACCCCUGCAGCAGACUGAGGUAGUUUAUACUCAUUUUCAGACCUGGGGACCAGGCCCAGCUUGUGUGAUCUUUCUGUGGACAUACACAUGUGGUGUGUGCAGGUAGGGGUUCAGAUCCCUUUCAAACCCUACUAUAAAAGCUCUGUUAUGCAGUAGGUUCUGGAACAUUCCACUGGUUUCCCUCAGCUGAUACUCCCAGGACCUUCAGCCCUUUCUUCUCCCAGGCCACAGAUGCCUGAGCACCCUAGGGUGCCAAAUCAUGUCUCUGUGAGCAGGCUGAGAGCUCAGUCAGGAGCCACCCAACCCCAGUCACAGCCUUUGGGGCUCUGUACUGUACCUGACAGAGAAAGUGUUCAGUAAAUACUUUUUUUUUUUUUUGAAAGAAUGUUUCGUCAAGAUGUUGUGUGUUGUUUUCUGUUCUUUUGGUGACUCUGGGCCUCAUAUUUAGAGAGAAACAGUAUUGAGGUUUAACAGGAACUUGGAGCUGGUAAAGUGAGUCUGUGGGUAACGCAUCUGCCACAUGAGUGUGAUGACCCGAGUCUAGAGCCCCAGCAGCCACAUAAUAGUCAGCUAUGUCAAUGUGGGCCUGUAAUCCCAACACGGGCAAAGAAACAAAGAUACAUGCAUCUCUGAAACUCAGUGUCCGAUGGACACACACAUACACACAUACAGACACAUAAACACACACAUGCACACACAGACACACACAUGUAUGCACAUAUACACAUGCACACAAACACACACAUACACACAUGUAUACACACACUCACACACACACACACACACACCAGGAGUCUACUUGAAAUCCAGAUCUCUUCCCAUAGCAGAGGAUAAUGUAUACUUACUGUGGCUUGUGAUGCAGAACCUUGAAGUAACAGAGAUUAAACCAUUCAGACUCAAGAGGACAAUAAAUUACAGAACCAACAUGGUGGCAGACCCAGUGUGGUCUUCAAUAGUGUAGCAACAGAGCACUAGGAACCCAGGGCUGUGGUUCUGUCCCUGGUUAAGGAAUACUUUACACAACCCAGCACCCCUGAGGUUUUCCUUCUGGGACUGUGCUAGAUCCAGGGUCAGGGAGAACAGAGGAGGAUCAUCUUUCUCAACACCCAACCCUCAGGACGAUCUCACUUGGGCAAAACAAGUGCCAACAUAGGCAGGUUCCACGUGUGACCCACUGGAAAGGGACUUUAGGGCCAGCUAAGGUGCUAACCAAGUUCUGGAAGUAAAAGAAAUCUGCCUCCUUCUCUUUUGAGUUUUCUGGUCAAGUCUUUUGUUUUCUUUUAUGUAUGACUGUGUGUGUGUGUGUGUGUGUGUGUGUGUGUGUGUGUGUGUGUGUGCAGGUGUAUGUGCCCAUAUGUGUACACCUGGAAUCCAGGGACAGAUUCGAGGGUAGACAUUGGUCUCCUGUUCUAUAUCACUCUCCACUUACUCCUUUUAGGCAGGGUCUCUCAGUGAACCUGGAACCAGGCUGACACAGCAACAAUCCUCCUGUCUCUGCCUGUCAUAGCUCUGGGGAUACAGGUGCAUGUGGUCACACCUGGAUUUUUAUGUGGGUGCUGGAAUCCAAACCCAGAUCUUCAAGUUUGUGCAGCCUAGGCCUCUCUCUGGCUAUUUCUGCACAACGCAUUCAUGUAUGACUGUGGAUUUUAGACAACCCUGUGAGGGCAAGUGAGGAUAGAGACAUGGAGAUGGGCAGACCGAGUGAGGCCUAGGGUAGGUGAGAGGGAGGAGCGAGUUGGUGCAGGGCAUGGAAGGGGUCUGAGAGAUUUUAGCACGGAAGGUGUGAAAGCAGGACAAGCAGAAGGCACCUGCAAGGAGCAGUUCUCAGCUUCCUAUUUCCUACUUUAUUGUUUUAUUUCAUGUGAUAGAGGAAAUGCACGAGGGGCUGGAGAGAUGGCUCAGUACACACUGCUCUUGCAGAGCACCUGACUUCGGUUCCCGGCACCCAUGUCAGGUGCCUCACAUCCACCUGGAAUGCCAAUGGCAGGGAUCUGAAGCCUGUGAUAUCUGCCUCCGCUGGGACCUGUGCUCAGGUGUAUGUACAUAUCCCCAUGCAGGCACAAGCAUAUGAAUAAUGAAGACUAAAAAAUAAAGUCUUAAAAAAGAAAGGAAGAAAUGCACAGGAAAAAAAAGGGGUUGUAUGACAUAGGAAGCCAAUUAGUAAACAAAUUUCUGUUUUUCAUCCUUUGGGUGGUUUGGAUGAGAGUGACUCCCAUUGGAGUUAUCAUACAUUCAAUAUUUAUUCAUUGGGAAGUGGCAUUAUUUGUAAGGAUUAGAAGGAAUAAGUGGUGAGGCCAUGUUGGAGGAAGUAUGUGGCCUGAAAGAAGAAAGGGGUUGGUUUGAAAAGCCCAUGCCAAGCACACAGUCUCCUUUUCGGCCAUUGGAUCAGGAUGUAUUCUUUCAGCUACUUCCCCAGCCCAUGCAUGCUGCCAUGUUUUCCACCAUGAUGAUAACAGACUAAACCUCUGAACCUGUAAGGAAGCUCCCAAUUAAAUGUCUUCUUUUAUAAGA